AUGCUAUAUUCACUUUCUUUGGUGCAUACGAAACGUAUAAGUCAUUGUGGCACACAGGCAGGGGAGUACAUAACCAAUCCGGAAGCAACUUGUCGCACACUAUAUCCGACCAUUUACUGUAACGGUGAUGGAUCGGCUUACUGUACUGAGAUGGAGUGCUUAGAAGAGUAUGAAUGUGCAAGCGCUGAGAGUCCAGCGACGGUAGCUACAACGACAACAACACCAGCACCGCCAACGAGAGCCACAACUCCCACCCCAUCCACAACUGCUGAGUCAACAACAACUUCAUUAUCUCCUACAACUGCAUCAUCAACAACGACCGCUCAAGUCACAAGUAUUCCAACUUCAGCAGUGAUGCGUGCACAGUGUAAACUCGGUGUAAUUUUACGUGAACCUUAUCGUGGUAAUUGCCGUUACUAUUAUGCUUGCAACAAUGGCUAUUUCCAAAUUCAAGAUUGCGGGUUUUUCCGAGUCUUCGAUGUCAUCGAUAAAAUAUGUAAAAUGCAAGGAGAAGCAAAGUGUUGGAGAGAUAUGUAA